AUGAUCUCCCAACGAGUUGUUCUCCUAAGUACCAAUACGCGGCUUCGUUGUCCCCGUCAGUCGAAGCAACAGAUUUUACACCCCGGGUCCACUACAACUCACCUUGACCAUGACAUAACUGUGAGUUUGUCCUCUCUGUUCUUCGUCGCUGGGUUAACAGAGUUUGCACUCAACAGUACUACCAUUCUCCUGGAUUCGUGUUCCGUACCAACCCUCAACAUCCUCCACGAGAAAAAAGUGAAAACCGAAGAGGAAACAGUGAAGAUUGAAGAGAUUUCAUCUUACAAGCGUGCCAGAAGCCCAGAAGACCUUGCGGAGGUCUCCGCUCAACGGCCAGCAAAGCGAUUAGCAGUCAGCGCCAAUGCCCCUCCGAAUUCUCCUCAAGUCGAAGAACCACGACGAACGCGCGACGGAGAGUACUAUUAUGAAAGAAACUGGGUUAUCGUCGUUAGGAAUACGCUGUUCAAGCUCCCUCGUUUUCUCUUUCUGAGGCACUGCUCUGGAGUUCGAGAGCUGUUUCAAUUACCUGCAGAUAAAGAUAUCAGCUCAAUCAACGAACGGGAUAUCCUCCAGGUCGAUGAGGACGUGGAGGACUUCCGCGCUUUGUCCUGGGGAUUGACUGCAGAUCCAGAAGAAAUCACUCACCAAAACGACCCCUUGAAGGCCAACUUCGAGAGGAUGCUUCGUCUACUAUACAUGGCCCAGAAAUAUACGUUUGUCAAGCACGAGCGUUGGGCAAAUGAAGCUGUCAAUACACUUUGCAAGGCGCUUAUUUCACGUCCUCUCGAUGAAAUCAAACGGAUCCUCUCUCUUUCCGCGAAACGAAACCUCGGCGGAGUCCUGAAGGCUACAACAACGGAGUGCAUUCGCAGGCUGGCUUCUCGGGACUCGGACAUUUCGUCAAAGGAGAUGCUCGACUUUGCCGAGUCUCACAACCUGAGGAGGCUGCAGGGCUGGGUAUUGUUGGAAUCCGGCAAGCCGGGAGCACAGCUGCUCUCGCCGAGAUGA